UUUGCUUAGCUUCAAAUGCCUGUGCUGUUCGUCUUAUUUAGCACCUAUCUUAAAUAGAGAAAGAACAGUUAAGAAUUUAGUCUCGGUCGGCCUUACUUAUGUCUCACUAAAGGCAAGAGUCAUGGACGAAGAAUCUCGAAGUGGACUACCAUUAUUCUUUGAUAAUCUCAAAGAGUAUCUAACGGGAUGUCAUAUAAUGUCAAUCAGACUACUUAUAAAUUAGUAUUUUAUAUUUGCCUUUAUUUCUCAGAAAAAUACUAAAGUUCAUUUAAGGUUACAAUAAUGAGUUUUUCUGGACCGAAUUCCCCGGUUGUUGUAUGGGCGGCAUGCUUCCUAUGGCUUAUGUCCUUGACCGCAAUAGGCUGGUCUCUGCUUCUAUUUUUCUGUUUUGGUGACUUGCUGCUACUGACUGGAACUGAUUUGAUUAACGCAUUUCUUUUGCUCUCAGCAAUAGUAAUGUUACCAACAAAUGUCAGUAUGUUGUGUUCAAUUGCAAAUGGAAGGCGAAUCGACCAUAGAGCAAAAGUGGUUUGCUGCCCGCUAUGGUUGAGCAUUUUCUGGAUUAUUCUCAUUAACACGAUAGCAGCUAUCGUCUGUUUUCUGAUAAUCCUCUCAUGUCGCGAACUUAUUAUUCAACAAUUGUACAGAAGUAUGAAGAAUUAUCGAAGUAUUCCGAAGUACAAGCGUUUCUGCGAUAAUAUUCAGUGGUCGUUGAAAUGUUGUGGGCUUAACUCUUACAAAGAUUGGUUUAAUCAAGAUUGGUAUGAUAAAAUUCGUGAUUACGAAUGGGAUCCUUUAGAAUCGACGAGCAAAGCUAUCAAAAAACGCUUCGUUUCGGACAGUGUUCCUUUAAGUUGCUGCAAAAGCGGGUCCUGUGUAUCCAAUUACCUAUCGGAACUUGGUACAUAUUCCAUCAAUACAUCUGGCUGUGGCCCUUUGUUGUAUCGAAUUGUGAUGUUAUCAUUAAAUGCUUAUUUUGUAUUGUUUCUGCUAACAGCUGUAUUAGAGAUCAUUAUUCUCAAGUUGAUUAUGAAAGAUAAUUGCCCGGGAGUACGGCGCGCAAACAUAUUGGGUGUAAGACAUUUAAAGCCAUACAAAGCUAACUCUAUUGUCUCUAGUGAAACUUGUCAGUUUAAUGUGGAGAGUGACGAUCAUAUGGAGCUAUCUGAACACGAAACAGCAAUUAACAAAUAAGCUUUCUUGUUUAUUAGGUAUAUAUUUGUGUUUUCUUCGCUGUUUUAUUAGCGUUAAAUAAAUGCAAGUGUGAAUCGUUUUGCAAAACCAAAUGGCCUUCUGAUCGCUAAAAUCUAUUAACGAUUACCUAGAAUCAGUGCCUCUACAAUUGCCUGCACUUUAAUUCCUUAUGAGAUUUAGAUAUAGAUACAGGAUCACUUUUACGUGUAUAGUGCUGUCCCGGAUGUCGGAUCUAGAAAAAUGGAUUGUGCGUUAA